CGCAAACGCAACUGACAGCCGUAACCACCGUAACAGAAUCUCUUUCUUCCUCUGCAAGCUCUCCUCUCGCCGCUCCGCCGCGCCGGACUCCCACGCCGCCUCCCCCUCGACGGGGUCUGCAGCCACCGCCACGAUGCCGCUCGACGCAGCCUUCUCCGCGCCCGAGACCACCGGGUCUGGUUCCGGUGCCCCCGUCGGCGCCUCCUCCUCGACGGGUCCCGCCAACUCCGUGGCCCCGCACGCCGCCUCCUCCUCCUCCGCGCUCGAGCCUACGGCCUGCGCGGCGCUGUUCGCCGGUUCCGCCUCUUCCUCCGCGGCCGCGCUCGAUUCUACCACCACCUGCACGGCGGUCUUCGCCGGUCCCACCUCCUCCGCCGCGACCGCGCUCGAGUCUACCACCUGCACGACGCUCCUCGCCGGCUCCUCCGCCACGAGCACGGCUUCAUCCUCCCUCGACUCCGCGACAUCCCCGGGGACGGUGCUGGCCACGCCCAACGCCGCCUUGCUCCGGUUCAUUCCGCCUGGCUCAGCAUUUGGGGACGUCCUGGACCCCUAUGCCGUGUGCCCAGCUGACACGGUGUUCCCAGCGGUCCUGAGCUGCCCUGUGGCACCUUCGGUGCAGGCGCAGCUCCCCGACAAAGAUGCACCAGUGGACACGAGCCCGGUGUACGUCAAGGGGGAUCCGUUUGCCAAGACGAUGUACCAGGAUAGUGAAGUCGGGCCAAGGAAGCGGAGCCGCGAUGAGGAGGAUAUUGCACCUGCGGCAGAGCUCAACGAGGUCAUCAAGAACGUGACAGAAACUGUUUUUGACGAGCAGCAUAGGAGUUUUGAGUACAUGGACAGGGACUGGCUUACAAAGGGUGAAUAUGAGACGUUGGAGUUCCGAAGCAAGGCUCACCCACCUCAGUUCAAGGAAGUCAAGAAAUCAAAGCAUGGCAAACUUAAGCUCGGACCCCGACCUGGUAAAGCAACCAAACCGAGGGUUGGGAUCAAUGGUUUCGGACGGACCGGGAGACUUGUGGCCAGGCUUAUUUUGCACAGCAAGAACAUGGAACUAGUCGUCGUCAACGACCCUUUUCUGAGCAUAGAUGACAUUACUAGAUCCCUUGAGGACAUGCCUCCUGGUUUAUUCCCUCCCACCAAAGUUCUAGAUAUUUCUGAGCGUGAGAAAAUACCCUGGGGCAAUCUCGGCGCGGACUACAUCGUGGAGAGCACUGGAAUAUUCACUGACACGGAUACUGCCAGCUCUCACUUGAUGGGUGGCGCCAAGAAGGUUAUCAUCUGUGCUCUGAGCAAUGAAGCUCCCACAUUUGUUUAUGGUGUCAACGAAAAUACGUACACACCAGAUAUUGGCAUCAUCUCAAUUGCUGAUACCGCUACAAUUUGUCUUGCUCUGCUCACCAAGAUCCUCCACACUACAUUUGGCAUCAGAGAGUGCCGUGUGACUAUAACCGGAUCAUCCUGUAGCGCUGCAGAAAUCAGCAGGGCACUCAGUUCCGCUAUUCCUGAUUUAGUCGGUAGGUUUGUUGUGAAUGUGUGCUCUGAUCCUCAGGUGAAACUGUCUUGUGUGGAAAUGGCCGUUAGGCUUGAUGAGUGUGCUGACUAUGAGAUGAUCAAGGAUUCUGUCAGGAAAGAGUCUUCUUCAGAGAAACUUCACUGUGUACUAGCUAACCUGGAGGGAGGAGUGGGGCUCAAGGCCACAGAUUAUUUAGGAGAUUGCAGGUCGUGCUUCUUUGAUGCCGACGCUGGAGGUAUGCUGGGGGACGGUUCCUUCCAGCUCUUUGCAUGGUUCAACCACCAGCGCAGCUACGGCCAGCGCUGCACUGACAUGAUUCUACACAUGGCGAAGAAGCCUAGAGUUGAUUGAGGAAGAGCUUCUACGAUAGAAAUGGGAAAGAGUUUAGAAAACAUGGCCCUCUGCUCCCCUUGUUACACCUUGUACAUACUGCUAUGUUCCUCUGCUUGUACUGAUGAGGCAAAUGCUUAUCAGUGUUGAGUACAUGGGAUCAGGUCAUGCCAUAGGUUGCCUGUUACUUUUGCAAAUAUUGAGUGGAAGUCAGCAAUGUGGCUGACUGUUUGUAUGAAAUACAGAUGCUAAUGCUACCAUUGCCGUGUAGUGUCUUUUUAAAUUCUUCCUCGUGAACUACAUUGGCUAUUGGUAGGGUGCUGAUGGUUAAGGUGAAGGCAAUGUACAGUUUUGUUCAUGUGCCAAUAAGUUCUGUUCA